AUGGAACAGCAACCGCUCCAGCCGCAGCAGGGCGAACUGAACUGGCGCCUCAGUGCUCACCCGAUUACCCUCCUGUUCUUCCUGGGCUUUCGCAUCAGCGCCCUACUGAUGUACCUCUUCGGCGUGCUCUUUAUCAAGAACUUUGUCCUCGUCUUCAUCAUCACCCUCCUCAUCCUCUCCGCCGACUUCUACUACCUCAAAAACAUUGCCGGUCGUCGCCUGGUCGGUCUCCGCUGGUGGAACGAAGUCAACACUUCCUCCGGCGACUCCACUUGGGUCUUCGAGUCCUCCGAUCCCACUACCCGCACUAUCACUGCCACGGACAAGCGUUUCUUCUGGCUGAGUCUGUACGUGACGCCUGCGCUGUGGAUCGGUCUUGCCAUUCUGGCCAUUAUCCGUUUGAGCAGUGUGAUUUGGUUGAGUCUUGUUGCCAUUGCUCUCGCGCUGACCAUCACCAACACUGUUGCGUUCUCCCGGUGCGAUCGCUUUAGUCAGGCUUCGACAUUUGCGAAUAGUGCGCUUUCGGGUGGGGUUAUGAGUAACCUUGCGGGAGGUCUGCUGGGCAGGCUUUUCAAGUAG